AUGGGAGAUAGCAACGAGAUGAAGUGGGGAAGGAGAAAGGCGACGGGAGGGAGAGCGCUAAGGCGAUGGGAGGGAGAGCGGACAGGCGACGGGAGAGAGAGCGCGAAGGCGAAGGUAGGGAGGGCGGACAGGCAACAGGAGGGAGAGCGCGAAGGAGACGGGAGGGAGGGCGCCGACGGGAGGGAGAGCGCGAAGGCGACGGGAGGGAAAGCACGAAGGCGAGGGGAGGGAGGGCGGACAGGCAACGGGAGGGAGAGCACGAAGGCGAGGGGAGGGGGAGCGGACAUGCGACGCGAGAGAGAGCGCGAAGGCGAAGGGAGGGAGGGCGGACAGGCAACGGGAGGGAGAGCGCGAAGGAGACGGGAGGGAGGGCGCGAAGCCGACGGGAGGGAGAGCGCAAAGGCGACGGGAGAGAGAGCACGAGGGCGAGGGGAGGAGGAGCGGACAGGCGACGGGAGAGAGAGCGCCAAGGCGACGGGAGGGAGAGCAGACAGGCGACGGGAGGGGGAAGGGAUAUCGCGAGGGCGACGGAAGGAAAAGGGGGACAUCGAAGGCAACGUGAGGGAAGGGAGAUAG